CGAGGAUCGUGCUGAAUGUGAUUGUAAGCUGCAGCGCAGCUCAGCUCAGCUCAGCUCCAGCUCGGGAAGAAACGGCAGCUCAGCUAGCUUUCUUUAAUAAUAUUAAAUAACGGCGGAUGAACGGCAUCAUUUGUCUGCAGCUCCGAGCUCUGCUUCUCCUGUUCUCUUUUGCCCCGCGCCUUGCUUCUCUCGAUUAACUUUUCUCUUCUCCCCUCUUCCCCCGCUGCUGCAUUUCUCCAUCUCCAUCUCUCCUUCUCAGCUAUCUUCCUCAGACUAUGUGUCGCGCGCUGGAUCCCAGUCCGCGUCGGCUUUGAUCUUGUCUUCUUCGCUUGUCCUGUCCUUUGCUUCUGCCUCCUAUGACUGAACAUGCCACCCCGCGCCUCUCUGACCAGCUCCUUCUCCGUCACCGACGCCAACAACGAGGUCGUCUGCCCCUUGAAGAACAAUGACGGUUCCAAUUGUCGCAAGCGAUGCCUGGGCGAAAAACGCUAUCGCUCCAUGCAGGAGCACAUCCGCCGUGCCCACCCAAACCACUACAUCCCGAAGCUCCCGGCCACCGAGGAGAGCUUCCUGUUGAUGGUCAACACUCCUCCCGACCAGCGCGCCCAUCUCUCCCCUCCCGAUUCGGCCCAGUCCAGACGAAGACACGACAUGGUACGUUUCGUCGGAGGCCUUGCCCUAUCCACCACAAUUGCCACCUGCUGAUAUGCUCCCGUCCCGACUCAGGAUUCCCACUCCGAUAGUGACUUUGGUCGAGAUCGCAUGCAGACUUCCAUCGAGCUCCCUUCCCUGCGAGACCAUUUCAAACAGGAUCCGUUGCUGCCUUUUUCAUCGCCUCGUCCGCGGGAAAUUCUCCCCCCCAUCCUGAACCACUCGCCGCCCAGUCGCUCGUCCACCCUCCCGCCCCUUCAGCGACGCGACAAGCUCACCCGCCCGCGCAAGUCAUCCCUGACACAAUCCCGGAGGCCCAAACAUGAGCGGACCAGGUCCAAGGAAUACGCCCGGAGACCCAGUCUGGGUGAUCGCAAGGCCAUGUCGGCAGAGCCGCAGACGGCUGCCUGGGCCCAAGGCAAGCGAUGGGAGGAUCUGAUCGAGGCUGCGACAUCAGCCACCGAAGCUGAUGAUGACCGGUACUCGGAGACCGGUCGCUCUCUGAGUUUCGCUCCACUCCAUCCCAGCGUCACCUCUGCCCCCUCGGCGGCAAAGAACCGAUUUUCUCUGCCACCUGCAUUCCAAUCCGGCUCGGGUUUGGCGCUGCCCUCGCCUCAUCGAUCUUUCCAGCCGCAUUCGUACGCCGCGUCUCCUCUGCACAAGUCACUGACUCCGCCGCCGUACGAAACACACCGUGGCCGAGACAGUCCCGUUGAGCCGUUCCCGUCAAUCGAGUCGUCUCUCGAGUCCGUCUCGUCGACUUCAAUGAAGAACUUCCCCCUCUCGGCGUCGUCCGGACUGGCUCCGUCGACCAAAUCGGAUUCCAGCCCUGUGCUGAAUCUCUCUGCGCCUUCGCUGGCCCAGCGCCAGAACCAUCGCUUCUCCAAUCCGACGCCGUCCUCGUUUCGCAGUAACGAGGUGCAGAUCUACUGCGCGAACUGCAGACGGCCGUGGUCGCUCAAUGAAUGCUAUGCAUGCACGGAAUGCAUCUCCGGCGUGUGUCGUGAGUGCGUGGGACUGUUCAUCAGCAGUCCACCGACUUCUUUCAUUGCUGUGAACUCGAGCCCGGUCAACGGCAUCCCGGGUAAGGGGAAUGGCGUGUCGCAGGGCCCGACCAGCCAUCCAAAUCCCAGAGGGUGCCCGCGCUGCCGGACCAUAGGGGGCCAGUGGAAGGCAUUCCAGUUAGACGUCAGGUGAAUCUGACCCGUUCAUUCCUUGCAUUUAUCAAAGAUUGCUAUGAUUCUUUUUUCUUUUUUUUUUUUUUUUUUGUUUUUUCUUGGGUGGCUUAGUUUUGACCUUUUUUCCCCCCUUUUACGGAUAUUACGACUAAUGCUGAGGGAUCUGUCUGGUUACUGCCGUUAUGCGUACAUAUAUGGAAUUUAUGUAUGGGAAACAGAUUCAUGUGGCUGUUGUCUCAUGUCUGCUUAGCUCAGAGUGAAGGCGUAUGCUGGAAGACAGCCACCAGAACAAAAGCCGGUCUUUUUCUUGGAAGGCUUCAUGUUAUACAUUACAUGGGACUGGGAUGGUGUUGGUUGGACUGUUUAUUUGUGUUUGUUAUGUGUUACGAUUGUAUGGAAUGGAUAUAUCUGUACAUGAGACUUGGUUAUAAGGCUAGAGCAGAGUAAGAAAGUAACUAUUCAUCCCAGACAACAC